GUUGUGGCCCCGGGAGCCGCGUCAGCUGCAGAGCGCUGGAGAGGCGGCUCCUCGCGCGCCGGGGGACCGGGGACGCCUGUCUUGGGGGCGGAGGCCGCGCUGCGGAGCCGCCCACGCCGCGCGCCAGGAACAGAGGUCACAGGAUGGGUGUUAGGACAUGCUGAGGCCCCCUGAAAUAGGCGGCUGGCACCCUGGUUAUGGAGGACUGCAACGUGCACUCGGCGGCCAGCAUUCUGGCCUCGGUGAAGGAGCAGGAGGCCCGUUUCGAGCGGCUGACGCGGGCACUAGAACAAGAGCGGCGCCACGUUGCCCUGCAGCUGGAACGUGCCCAGCAGCCUGGCAUGAGCAGUGGUGGUAUGGUGGGCAGUGGGCAGGCCCUGCCAAUGGCCUGGCAACAGCUGGUUCUGGAGGAGCAGAGCCCGGGUAGCCAGGCAUCGCUGGCCACGAUGCCAGAGGCACCUGAGGUGCUGGAGGAGACAGUGACAGUGGAGGAAGACCCUGGCACGCCCACCUCCCACGUGUCCAUUGUCACAUCAGAAGAUGGUACAACCCGGCGCACUGAGACUAAGGUCACCAAGACAGUGAAGACCGUGACCACAAGAACAGUACGCCAGGUGCCUUUGGGCCCGGAUGGACUCCCCUUGCUGGACGGUGGCCCCCCACUUGGCUCUUUUGCUGAUGGGCCCCUGGACCGGCAUUUCCUUCUGCGUGGUGGUGGCCCAGCAGCCACACUCUCCCGAGCCUACCUCAGCAGUGGAGGUGGCUUCCCUGAUGGCCCUGAGCCCCGUGAUAUCCCAAGCUAUGGCAGCCUGUCCCGAGGGCUUGGGGUACGGCCCCCACGUACUGGCCUCCUGGGCCCGGGGCCUGGGGAUGGCUGCUUUACACUGCCUGGCCGCCGAGAAGCCUUCCCCAUGGGCUCUGAGCCUGGCCCGCCAAGUGGCCGCUCCCUGCCUGAGCACUUCCAAGCUGAGCCGUACGGCCUUGAGGAUGAUACACGGAGCCUGGCUGCCGAUGACGAGGGCGGCCCUGACCUGGAGCCUGACUAUGGCACAGCAGCACGGAGGAGACAUGAGUGUGGGCGGGGCCUUCGUGCCAGGGCCUUUGAGGACCCAGCAGAUGAUGCCGGUGAGCUGAUAGAGGAGCGGCCUUCAUUCCCAGCAGCAACGGCCCCCCUGGCCCAGCCUGAGAGGGGCAGCCUGGGCAGCUUGGACCGGGUCGUGCGGCGCUCGCCUUCCGUGGAUAGCGCCCGCAAGGAGCCACGCUGGCGGGACCCUGAGCUGCCAGAGGUGCUGGCAAUGCUGCGGCACCCUGUGGACCCUGUGAAAGCCAAUGCAGCGGCCUACCUGCAGCACCUCUGCUUUGAGAACGAGGGCAUCAAGCGGCGCGUGCGGCAGCUGCGCGGGCUGCCCCUGCUUGUGGCGUUAUUAGAUCACCCUCGGGCCGAGGUGCGGCGCCGGGCCUGUGGGGCGCUGCGCAACCUCUCCUAUGGCCGCGAUGCUGACAACAAGGCUGCCAUCCGGGACUGUGGGGGUGUGCCAGCCCUGGUGCGCCUGCUGCGAGCUGCCCGUGACAAUGAGGUCCGUGAGCUGGUCACUGGCACACUCUGGAACCUGUCAUCCUACGAGCCCCUGAAGAUGGUCAUCAUUGACCACGGCUUACAGACGCUGACCCAUGAGGUCAUCGUGCCCCACUCAGGCUGGGAGCGAGAGCCUAACGAAGACUCGAAGCCCCGGGAUGCCGAGUGGACAACGGUCUUCAAGAACACAUCAGGCUGCCUGAGGAAUGUGAGCUCGGAUGGUGCAGAGGCCCGGCGGCGACUCCGUGAGUGUGAAGGGCUGGUGGACGCGCUCCUACAUGCCCUGCAGUCAGCUGUGGGCAGGAAGGACACAGACAAUAAGUCAGUAGAGAACUGCGUGUGCAUCAUGCGGAACCUGUCCUACCACGUGCACAAGGAGGUUCCAGGGGCAGACAGAUACCAGGAGACCGAGCCUGGGAUCCAGGGCAGUGCCACAGCCUCCCAGCGUCGGAGAAAGGAUGACGCCAGCUGCUUUGGUGGCAAGAAGGCCAAAGGGAAGAAGGAUGGAGAGAUGGACCGGAACUUUGACACACUGGACCUUCCCAAACGAACUGAGGCUGCCAAAGGCUUUGAGCUGCUGUACCAGCCCGAGGUGGUACGUCUCUACCUCUCACUCCUUACGGAGAGCCGGAACUUCAACACCCUGGAAGCUGCAGCCGGUGCCCUGCAAAACCUCAGUGCCGGCAACUGGACGUGGGCCACCUACAUCCGUGCCACGGUGCGCAAGGAACGUGGGCUGCCAGUGCUGGUGGAACUGCUCCAGUCUGAGACCGACAAGGUGGUGCGUGCCGUCGCCAUUGCGCUUCGCAACCUUUCCCUAGACCAGCGUAACAAAGACCUCAUUGGGAGCUAUGCCAUGACAGAGCUGGUGCGGAAUGUUCGCAGUGCACAGGCACCUGCUCACCCUAGUGCCCACCUGGAGGAGGAUACGGUGGUAGCCGUGCUCAACACCAUCCAUGAGAUUGUGUCCGACAGCCUGGACAACGCUCGCUCGCUCCUGCAGGCCCGUGGUGUGCCUGCACUGGUGGCACUCGUGGCUUCCAGCCAAUCCGUGCGGGAGGCCAAGGCAGCAUCGCACGUGCUGCAGACUGUGUGGAGCUACAAGGAGCUUCGUGGAGCCCUACAGAGGGACGGCUGGACCAAGGCACGCUUCCAGUCCGCUAGCACCGCCAAAGGACCCAAAGGAGCGCCCAGUCCCGGGGGCUUCGAUGACAGCACACUGCCACUAGUCGACAAGAACCCUGAUGGGGAGAAGUCAGCCACCAGAGAUGUGAUCCCCAUGGACACACUUGGUCCAGAUGGGUAUGCCACAGUUGACCGGAGGGAACGGAGGACACUGGGCAGUGACUCCACAGGGGAGACCUCUGAGAAGGAACUGUUGAAACCUGAUCCUGGCAGGAAAGCCCCUCCGCCUGGGCCCAGCAGGCCCUCAGUCAGGCUGGUGGACGCCGUGGGGGAUGCUAAGCCUCAGCCUGUUGACUCCUGGGUCUAGCUUGCAUGCCUGGGCCCUGGCCCAGCUGUUGGUUCUUAGGGAUCACAUCACCAUAGCUGGAAGGGCGGUCCUGAGCAGACCCAGUCCUGGAGCCGGGAGCCCCACCCUUAUGUGGCGGGUUGGCCAAGCCUCUUGUCCCAAGCCAGGGCCUGACUUUAUGGAUCUCCCUGUCUUACCCUCCCCUCUCCUGAUCUAACUCUCCAGGCCUGAGUUAGCUGUUUACUGACAAGGUGCUGUGUAGUGGGAGAGAAGGGGUGGGGUGUCCCCAUGCAGUGCCACAGAGGAGCAAAUACGAACCUGGAGUGGAGGUCCUGGGGCAGGCAAUAGGACAGGUGGGGACUUUGGGAAAGAACUUGGGCUCCCAAGGGCGCUGGAAUACUAGGCCGCAUGCAGGCUGACCACAGUGAGGGGCUGCUCCAAGAGAGCCCAGGCAGGGAAGUUUAGGAGGCAGAUAGCCUGGGGGACAAGCUGUGCUUGCCCCCAGCCCCCGUCAUGGGAUUCCUGGGACACCUUCCCUCUGCAGUGUGCUCUUCUGAGCUGCCUGUGCUGGGGCCAACCCGGGUCCUGCAUCUGCCUAGAACCUCAAGUAACCUCGGGCCUGACUGCCAGCAACAGCGGGGGAACUGCUCCUCAGUGCCUGCUGUUUGUGACUUAAAGAUGAAGAAGACUGACAAAAAGCAUUAAAAAAGAAACCAAAAUAAGACUGUAUCAGCAAACAUUGAAAUUUUUGUAAGAAAAUUUAAUGAUUAAAAGAGCAGCAAAGGAA